UUAUCACCAGGGCUGGGCCCAUGAGAACUACUUCAUUGGUUGACUUACAACAUUCGUUUGGCAGUUAACACUGUUUGGUUGAUGAGAGUUGAGCACUGUCCUUAUGUCACAAACAGUGAACGUUUGUAAGUAGCAAAUCCAAUGGAGCCCAAUAUCAAACUGAUCUGGAACUGGACCUAAUGUGGUGAAAUCUAGACUAUUUGGUACAAAACCAGAUGGCAAACACCAAACCCCUUGGAUGACACAGCUGCUUUGUCAUUUCGAAGAUGAGAUUUAACAUAUCAUUUAAGUUUCUAUAUAAACAGAAGAUUCUUCUGUUACUGCAAGGCUAACUGAAUAAAUAAAACAUUAACUCAGUUGCAAACACACAUUUCUAGCUUUUAUCUUUAUCACCCAAAAAACUUCAUCAAAAUUAGUUCUACACUUAGAAUGACAAUUAUUACAGCCCAUCAGAAUGGUAGUGGUUUGGAUUCCUUUAAUACCAUAGUGUGGAAGCAGGCCAUUUGGACCAUCAAGACAACACUGAGCCUGUGAAGGGCAUCCACCCAGUCCCAUCUCCUACCCUAUCUCUGUAACCUUGCAGGUCUCAUGGUUAGUACACUUAGCCUGCACAUCCCUGGACACUAUGGGCAAUUUAGCAUGGCCAAUCCACCUAACCUGCACAUCUUUAGACGACAGAAGGAAACCACAGCACCUGGAGGACACCCACAUAGAUACGCAGGGGAUGUGUAAACUUCACACAGUCACCCAAGGCUGGAAUCUAAUCAUAGUCCCUAGUGCUUUGAGGCAGCAGUGCUAACCACUGAACCACGUGAUCUGGCAGAACGGAUUUAUUGUGCAUAUUGUCAUCUACAGUGAAUGACCAGUAUUGUAGGGACCUAUUUGCAGACUGUUGCCUGAUCAUUGAUUUCACUGAUCAAAGCCAAUGAUUUGCAAUAGCCUAGUGGAGAAACUACAGGUAGCCAUGCAAAUUCACAAUCAUUUUAGCAAUACCUAACUUAAACUUUACAUCAUCACAAUCAGAGAUUUUCCACUAGAAAUAAUUUACAUAAAUACAGAUACGGGACAUGUUAGUUACGGAUUAUGUUCUCAUAAAGUUCCAUUCUUGUCCAUUUCUAAUUAUGUUAAGAUAUUUUGGGCUGUGUUUUUUCUGUGACCAGACAUUUUGUAACUUUGUUUUAUUUUAUUCAUGGGAUGAGGGCACCACUGGCUACACCAGCAUUUAUUGCCCAUCACAGAGGUCACUUCAGAGCCAACCACACUGCUGAAAGUCUGGAGCCACAUUGAAGCCAGACCAGUUUGUACUUCCGGGGCUGGCUGUGUGUGACAUUAUCCGCUGAGAAUGGCCUGAUGCAGAGCGGUGCGAGUGUAACUCGAUAUACCCGGGACAUGGACUCAGGCAUCUCCACGCCGCGGGACUCCAGUGGCGACUUGCGGCGACCUCGGGCCAAGUUAGCGUUCAGCUUCCCGCUGGAAGUUCCAGCCGCUUUCGAUGAAACCGAUUUGAUGCAGCAGCGUAGCUUAGUGGAUUGUAACCAAGCCAAAACGAAGUUGAUGGAUUUCACGGUUGCCAUUCCCAAUCAGCUAUUGUUGGUCUCGCUCCUGGAACAUCUCUGCUUCGUUUAUGAGAAAAAUCCUCAGCGUUCAAUGAGCCUGUUUAAAUUGCUGUGCCAUAAACUAGCCGGAAUGCACUUGAUUUCACCAAUCACCUUCAGUGAUGAGUUUAGCACAGUUAGGCUGCAGCACAAUCAGGCUUUUACAAACUUGCUACAAGCAGUGAGCAACGGCAUGUAUCGACAGGGACAAGCUAUCAAUGGAGACACAUCUACCCACCUCUCCUACAGAACAAAGGAAGCCCUGUUCCAGGGACAGACAUCUCGCUACAUGAAUGAGUUUGAAGAGAUUGAAAGACUGGGAAAAGGUAGUUACGGAAAAGUGUAUAAGGUCAGAAAUAAAUUAGAUCGACAGCUUUAUGCCAUAAAGAAGAUUGUUAUGAAGAAGAUUACAAGAUAUGACUGUAUGAAGGUGCUCAGAGAGGUUAAAGUUUUGGCUGGCCUACAGCAUCCACACAUUGUUGGCUAUCACACUGCUUGGAUGGAGCAUAUACAGCCGCCACCACUGAAAAGUAACCAAAUACCUGUCAGCAAUUUAUGCGCAUUAAAAGGUCCCUCUGGUCAAGAAGAUUGCAGAGACUCUUCCAUCCAGAACAUAGAAACCAGUUCCUCGAGUAUCAUUUUUGCAGAAACAAGUUCUGUUGCAGGAGAGCGAGGGCCUUUGUCAAGGAGCAAGCUGGUUGAGGAGGAGAUGUGCACAAACACAUCAUGGGAAAGUGACAAUCAAAUUUUCUUCUAUGGUGGGGACUGUGCAGCAAGCUGCGUAAAUGCUGGCAUACAUCAGCCGCCAGCCUCACUCCCAAGAGUGAAAAAUAUCCAGGCGCACUCUUCACUCCUUUCUUCGAAAUGUCCAAGCUUUGAAACACAUAUAGUAAAGAACAAAUUGGAUCCAUUGUUUGAAGCAGUCGAAACUGAGACAGAAGACAUUGACAGAGAUAAGGAAAAAGUAACUGGUGCCAUAGAGGAGAUUUCAGGAUCAUCUUCCUAUGCUAAUGCUAAUUCAAGUCUGGAGGAUGGCUCAUUAUUCGCAGACAUGCACAAUGAGUCCAAGAUGCAAUUCCACCUCAUGCUGCAUAUACAAAUGCAAUUGUGUGAGAGAUCCCUUCAAGAUUGGAUUUUGGACCGGAAUAGGAGAUCAACAGAGGGCCUAUCACUUACAGAUCCAUUUAGUCUUGUGGAUCCAGAAUGCACUAUUCACAUAUUCCGGCAGCUGCUUGAGGGAGUGCAUUUCAUCCACUCCAAGGGUGUCAUGCACAGAGACCUGAAGCCAAGGAACAUUUUUCUCCACGGACCUGACUGCCAUGUUCGGAUUGGGGAUUUUGGCCUGGCCUGCAGUGACAUCAUCACCAAGGUUUCCGAGCAAUGGCCGGCAACAACCAAACUAACUGAUUCAAAGCACACCUCAGGAGUGGGUACUUGUCUGUAUGCUUCCCCUGAACAACUGAAAGGUUCUUCCUAUGAUUUUAAGUCAGAUAUGUACAGUGUAGGUAUCAUCUUACUGGAGCUCUUCCAGCCGUUUGGAACAACAAUGGAAAGGAUAAAGAUGCUCACGGCUCUUCGAGAGUCCCAUAUCUCAGAGAACUUUGCAAAGCAAUGGCCUGUACAUGCUAAAUAUGUUAAGCUGCUAACCAGCCGAAUCGCUUCCUGUAGACCGAGCGCAGAUGAGAUGUUGACCAGUGAAGUCUUCCAUAGUUCACCUGAGGUAACUGUAUCUCGAGACAACCUUGAACAGAAAGUAGUUAACCAGGAGCAAGAAAUUAAGAGCCUACAACAGAAAGUGAUCGAUCAGCAAGAUGAAAUCAGGAGUCUCUGGGAAAUGAUCAAGUUACUAGCUGGGGAGCGAGAACUCAGCUAGAGAACUUUUUUGGUUCCUUCCUUCCCCUAUUAUCUGAAUUAAUUUUGAAUGCCUCACAUAUGACUGUUUUGUGAAUGUUCCGUAAGAUGAGAGAUUAAAUAUUAAAUUGAAAAA